CGGUCAGACACUCAGACUGGCAUUCACCGCAGUCCGCAGUGGAAAACCCUUGCCCCGUAUCUGCUAUCCGGAUUUGUCCUUAUCCGGAUUUGUCCUUACCCGACACCCCAACCCCUUGCUUCCAUGGUUCCACUUCCACCAGUGAAGAUAUCACAUCAAUGUCUCCGCCGCCGGCUACUUCCUGCCUGAGAAAAUUCGCCGCAGUGUUUCUCUCUUCGACAAACAACUAGCGAUUUACCCUUUCUAAUCCAAUCAAUACGUUAGCCUCGAGUUGUAUCGGUGAGUGAGACUUCUUCUAUUUAAUACCCUGGUUCUCGUCCACGGCAACUUCCUCACCACCCCGUGACGGGCUACUCCAUCCAAUUCCUCAACCUCCGGCUGUGUUAUUUCAUCCAUUCAAAAGGCUGUUAUGACUUAUGUGUUCGUUAUCUUCGUUUUCCCUCCGUCCUCUCUCAAAAACAUUUAAGUUCUUCUCAACUUCCACCCAAAAGACUGGAAGAUUAACGAAGAAAGAAUGUCUGCUCUAUCUCCAAAACUGCAAGUCCAUGAAAGAGCUGAAACAAAUUCAAUCCCAGAUCUUCAGAGUUGGUCUUCAUCAAAACAGGGAUGCGUUGAACAAGCUCAUGGUAUUCUGUACAGACCCAAAUUCUGGAAAUUUACGGUAUGCGGAGAGAAUCUUCUCUUACAUUCAAGAGCCAUGUCUCUUUAUCUUCAAUUUAAUGAUCAAGACAUUUGCAAAGAAGGGUAACUUUCGAAAAGUCCUUUUGCUCUUCAACCGGUUGAGGGAAGACGACUUAUCCCCUGAUAAUUUCACUUACCCCUUUGUCCUUAAGGCAAUUGGGUGUUUGCGGGCAGUUUCGGAAGGAAGAAACAUCCAUGGAUUUAUUGUGAAAACUGGUUUUGAAUUCGAUUCCUAUGUGAGGAAUUCACUUAUGGACAUGUACGCAGAAAUGGGUGACAUGGAGACUUUGCGCCGGUUGUUUGAAGAAAUGUCACAAAGAGAUGCGAUUUCCUGGAAUGUUUUGAUUUCUGGAUAUGUUAAGAGUGGGAGAUUUGACGAUGCACUUUCUGUUUUCCAGCAGAUGAAACAGCAGAGUUUUGUGAGGCCUGAUGAAGCGACGGUAGUCAGCACUCUUUCAGCUUGUGUUGCCUUGGGGAAUGUGGAGCUGGGUAAGGAAAUUCAUCUAUAUAUUGACAGGGAACUUGAAUUCACCACUGUUAUUCGUAAUGCCUUGUUAGAUAUGUAUUCAAAGUGCGGGUAUUUAAGUCUGGCUCGUCAAAUCUUUGAUGAAAUGCCGGAUAAAAAUGUAAUUUCUUGGACAAGCAUGGUAUCUGGGUAUGUGAACUGUGGUCAGCUUGAUGAGGCUAGAGAGCUCUUUGAUAGGACUCCAGUAAGGGAUGUUAUUCUCUGGACAGCUAUGAUUAAUGGCUAUGUGCAGUAUAACCAAUUUGACAAAGCAUUAACUCUGUUUCGGGAGAUGCAAAUGAAAAGGGUAAAGCCUGAUAAAUUCACUCUUGUUGCACUCCUUACAGGUUGUGCUCAGCUGGGAGCUCUAGAGCAAGGGAAAUGGAUCCAUGGAUACAUUGAUGAAAAUAUGGUUACAAUUGAUGCUAUUGUUGGCACUGCUCUUAUAGACAUGUAUGCCAAAUGUGGGUGCAUAGAGAAAUCCAUAGAGAUUUUUAAGAGAAUAGAAGAGAAGGACAGGGCUUCAUGGACUGCUAUUAUCUGUGGGCUUGCUAUGAAUGGUCAAACAACCAAAGCACUUGAAUUAUUUUCAGAGAUGAAAUUGGUUGGUGUGAAGCCAGAUGACAUCACAUUCAUUGGUGUUUUGAGUGCUUGUAGUCAUGGAGGACUAGUGGAGGAAGGGCGCCGGCACUUUGAUUCUAUGAGAAAGUUAUAUCAAAUUGAACCUAAAUUAGAACAUUAUGGGUGUUUUAUAGACCUGCUUGGGCGUGCUGGACUGUUAAAUGAAGCAGAGGAGUUUAUAGAAAAGAUCCCAAGUGAUAAUAUUGGGAUUGUAGUACCACUUUGGGGUGCUUUACUUGGUGCCUGCAGAAUCCAUGGAAAUGUUGAGAUGGGUGAGCGUGUAGCUAGACAUCUUGAUGGGAUUGAAUCCAAUAAUUCUGGUGUACAUACACUUCUUGCCAAUAUUUAUGCAGCAGCUGAUAGAUGGGAAGAUGUGACCAAGGUAAGAAAGAAGAUGAAGGAGCUUGGAAUCAAGAAGGUGCCUGGGUGUAGUUUAAUUGAGGUGAAUGGCAUAGUUCAUGAGUUUCUUGUUGGAGAUACAUCACACGAGGAAAUGAAAGAAAUUUGUUCCACAUUGCAUCACAUGGCCAAACUGUUGCAAGGUUUGGAAGAAAAUAUGAUUGAUAGAGAAGAUGCAACCCCAUUGAUGUUGUGAUACAAAACCUGUAUUUGGGUUUGGAAGUUGGGAUAUGAGAAAUAUUUGAGCCCUAUUUCGUGUGUUCCUCUGUUCAAAGAUUUGUCAUGGCUUGAUAACAAUGAAGUGGAGAAGGAAAACUGGCCCCAUUUUAUGAAAUCUUGAAAAGAAGAAUGGGAGAAUAUAAAAAUUUAGUGUAGCAUAUUUGAAUUAUCUAACAAACCCAUUUCACAGAACAGUCUUGCUCAAUGGAUUAAUCAGCAACGUGCAGUGGGCCACCAUGGGGGUGAGCUCGAGGACGUCAUUGGACUUCUACAAUUUUAUGCUGGAUUCAGAUAUCCGGUUUUUGCAACAGCCAUGGUAUCAUCCAAUCCAAGGCGACAAUGAUGAAGACAUACUCAAGAUAUCUCAACUCCAAGAGGUUUCUUACAGGUAGCAAGGAUGGCAUUGCUACAUUGAUGAAUGGAGCCAUCAAAAAGAAGCUCAAGAUCAUUCCUAGAGAUGGAGAGCAAGUCUUCUUACAUUGAAGCAAUAUGGGGAGAAAAGUCAGAGUCUAUGUUCUCAGCUUUAGAAAGUCACUUCAUGAAACCAAGAAUAGCUGAGGUAUUGCUCCAGCAUAUAAACCGAAAAGGUGAUUUCAUGAAACCAAGAAUAGCUGAAGUAUUUCCAUAUCUAACUUGUAG